CAAGUGUCAAAUUUUUUGACCUCCAGUUUUUUCCGUGUCUGGCUGUGAUAAAUCCGUAGGUUUUUAUACGAUUGUCAAAUGUGGCCUUACAGGUGUGGAUCUUUAAAUUAAUAAUUAAUUUUAGAAUGCGUAUAGAGUGCGGUGUAACGGAAGUGCUCUCGUAUUAUCGUUUGCGAUCAGUGCACUAAGUGUCAUUGAAGGAUCACGAUGCGUAUCGGAAUUGUGUUUUAUUGGUGCGUGUUAGCAUUGCAUCUGUGCAAAGCGGAAGAUGUGGAGAGGACAGAGUCAAGGGAGGGUGCCAGAAGGCCGCAGUGGGGGACAACAGUGCGGAGCGGGUCGUUCGUGAGCGAGUCUGCGAUCGCCGCAUCGAAUGAACAGAUCCUCGUGGAGGCGUGUCACAACGAGCCUGGAUGUCUCCAGGACCGGGCAGGGCUUGAAGCCAUCACGCAGCUUCACAAGCAACUAGACGACGAUGCUAACGGCAACGUCGACCUUAGCGAGAGUGACGAUUUCCUCCGCGAGGAGUUGCAGUAUGACAGCGGGUACGAGAAGCGACAGCGAGCCUUCCACCACAACGAUGACAUGCACAUAUCCGUCAAGGAGCUGUGGGAGGCCUGGCUUAGAUCAGAAGUGCACAAUUGGACUGCGGAGCAGACGGUGGAAUGGCUAACCCAGUCUGUAGACCUCCCUCAGUACAGGAGUCUUUUUCUGCAACACAAAGUUACAGGCGCUACGCUGCCCAGGUUGGCAGUGAACAACAUGCAGUAUUUGAGCAACGUCCUUGGCAUCAAGGACCCUAUACACAAGCAGAAGCUGGCCCUCAAAGCCAUGGACGUGGUCCUAUUCGGGCCCCCUAAAGAAGGCAGUCGCUGGAAGGACUGGCUGCUGGCCUCGCUAAUGCUCGGAGCUGUCGCCGGCGGCUGGGCGGCGCUGCGGGCUGGUCGCGCCAGUCGGCACCAGGUCCAGAGGAUGCUGAGAGACAUGGAGCAGCUGAGGAGGGCUGAGCUCGCGCUGGAUGAUAUGCAGAAGGAACUUGAGAAGGCGCGGUUAGAACAGGAAAGCGCCACCACAGAGAAGAGAAACCUAGAAAAGAAACUAAGGGAGGCCGGCGACACGCCGCUACUCAACUCCGCCUCCUCAGAUCUUGAGGUCACGCAGCUGAAAGCCGAGAUUGAGAUGUUAAGAGCAGAAUUGAGGCGAGCGGAAGGCGAACUCGAGGACCGGUGCUGGGCGCCGCCCUCGGGAUUACAGCAGUGGCUCCAACUCACACACGAAGUGGAAAACAGGUCGUACCUGCGUAAGAAACAACAGGCCGACCUACAACUACAGCAGGCCAGAGAAGCGUGCGAGAAACUCCGCAAGAAGCGCUCGAGUCUGGUCGGAGCAUUCGUGUCGACUCACGGCAAAUCCAUAGAUGAUGUAGACCGUUCCAUCGUGGAGGCGCGCACCGCGCUCAACGAAGUUACUCAGGAACUAUCGGAGAGGAUGCACAGAUGGAAGCAGAUCGAGCGGCUGUGCGGGUUCAACAUAAUCAAUAACAACGGCAUACAGUUCCUAGAGGGCAUGCUGUAUAGGAACACCAACGGUCGUCCUGGCGCUAGAGUGCGCAUGAGCAGCUCUCAGGACGACCUGAGCGUCGGCGACGACGCGUCCAUCUGCGGCUCAGUGGCCGAUAACUUCGGGUGGCGGGAGGAUUCAUCAGGGAGCGAGGCGGACGCGCCCCACUAUCCUCUGGACUUGCGGUUGGCUGAAGCUAGGUUACAAUUAGAAGAACGCUUAGCUCAAGAAGCCCGCGAGCGGAGAAUCGACGACCGUAGAGAAGAGAUGCGAGUAAAGAGCUCCCUCGGCGACCUGCGGCGGAGUCCCGCGGACGAGCGCCGGCGGGCGGACCCCGUGCACUUCAUACUGGGAGGGGACAACGUAAACUGGACAGGGGAAGAGCUAACACGAGCACCACACUCGCAGUCCCAACCGGCACUGCGCGCCUCCCUCCGCGGCGCGCCCCUCCCGCCGCCGCGCCGCACCCCCGCUCAGAUCAUGCGGUCUCGCUCUACUGACAUCGUAGCACUGGAUCAGGACAGAGUGAGACCGACGCUGGCCAAACAGAAGCCUCUGACUGAGAGUGACGUGGACGCCCCAAGCCCGUCGAGCAUCACGCCUCCUGAGGAGGAAUCCACGGACUCCUCUCUGGUGGAGGAGGACGGGGUCCCCAAGCCGCGGCGGCGGCGCCUCCAUCUGCCCUUCGGCAAGAAGGCCAAGACCCCAGCGUGACCGUUCUUACGGCGG